CCAUGAUCUGCGACAGGGUGUGAUGUUGAUACGUCGCAUCUUCACUCUUCGCAACUGCUUCAUAAUCGCUAUCCAGCCGACUCCGUCGCCCCCCCACCCUCUCCCCUGCCCACCAUGUCGUUCCUCACCCCCGAAGCCAUUAACCGCGCCGUAACCCACAUGAACAAGGACCACGCCGACGGCAACCUGUACAUCGUGCAGGCGUUCCACGACCGCACCGCGACCGGCGCCGACAUGCUCACCCUCGACGCGACGUCGGGGACGUGGGAAUAUAUUCUCAAGGACGGGACGACGAAGACGGCCGUGAUCCCGUUCCCGAACGCGCUCCAGAAGCGCGAGGACAUCCGGCACGCCGUGGUUGCGCUGUACAAGCAGGCAUGCACGGACCUGGGCGUGACAGAGGCCGGGAACGGACACACGGAGGAGAACAACCUCCAUUAGAGUGCAGGCAUCGAUAGAGCACAUAGUCGGGCUACAUUAUUUGGGACUGGGCGGCGAGGAGCGAGGAGGGUCACGGCAUGCUGUCGAGGAUGUGUGAGCAGACGCCAAGCCAGUUUGUGCGGGCUUGGCUUCACGUCAGGCGCCGGUCCGUACGCAAGGACGCAGUGACGACGGGGUACCUCGCCCUCGCCCGCGGUUUACGGAUCGGCUGCGUAUCACGAUACAGAUUGUCAUGGAGAGGCUGAUGGCCUGCAGUCUUACUGACCACUGAAAAUCAGGUAUUACAGUGCUAAUCCGAACGCAAGCGUGAUGCAUUGCUCUGUACAGAGCAUUAUAAGGC